UGAAGAUGCAAGUACUCAAUAUUGCAAUGCUUUGGUUGGCGGUUGUAAUAUUUGCAGCGCCAUUGGCUCCUGGCAGCAUUGAUCAAAGCCCCAAAGCGGUGGAAAAAUGGAUCAAAGAGCUUCGCCAUGGAAAGGAGAAGAUGACAAAGCUUCACUUCUAUCUUCACGACAUCAUAACUGCUAAGAACCCCACAGCUGUAAGAGUGGCUCAAGCUAAGAUUACUAGCAAAUCACCCACGAAGUUUGGAGAAACUGUAGUCCUCGAUGACCCAUUGACACAAGGACCUGAGCCCUCUUCCAAGAUCAUCGGUCACGCCCAAGGUAUAUAUAGUUUUGUUUCCAGGGAGGAAAAGUCACUGAUUAUGAUUCUGAACUUGGUAUUCAAAGAUGGCAAGUUUAACGGCAGCACCCUUAGCCUUCUGGCUAGUAAUCCCUUUCUCCACCAGUACAGGGAGAUGCCAAUACUAGGUGGUACUGGGGCUUUCAGAUUGGCCCGUGGAAUAGCUACAGAAAAAACCUAUGCUGCCAAUGUUACCACAAAAAAUGCUAUUGCUGAGUACCGCGUCCUCGUUCUGCAUUAUCGAUUUUGAUUCGAUGCCAUUUGUUCCUCCUAUUUUACUGGCUAGUUUCCUUUGUCAUAUCGAUCAUAAUAAGGAUUUUCAUGGCCUUCAUUUCAUGUUA